AUGCGGCUGUCGCUGCUGAGCUCGUUGCUUCUGCUCUCCCUCAGCUGCAGCCCGGGCGCCGCGGACCUCCUGGCGUCCCGAGCCAAGUGCCCAACCCGCUGCGAUGUCUCCAAGUGCCCCAGCCCUAGCUGCCCCAGCGGCUACGUCCCCGACCGCUGCAACUGCUGCCUCAUCUGCGCCGCGGGCGAGGGGGACUCCUGCGGCCGCAAAGAGGACCCGCCUUGCGGGGACAGCCUCGACUGCCGCUACCCUAUGGGCAAGCGCUUCGCCAAGGGGGUCUGCCAGUGCAAGCUCAGCGCCCAGGUGUGCGGCAGCGACGGCCGGACCUACGAUAACAUCUGCCAGCUGAAGGCGGUGAGCCGCAAGGCGCUGCAGCACGGCCUGCCCGCCGUCGCCCAGGUCCAGAAGGGAGCCUGUGAAUCGGGUCACCUACAGUCCAGCAGCCCAAGGUACAAGUUCAACUUCAUAGCAGAUGUGGUGGAAAAGAUUGCACCUGCAGUUGUACACAUUGAACUUUUCCUCAGGCACCCUCUCUUUGGCCGAAAUGUGCCCCUCUCCAGUGGAUCUGGCUUUAUUAUGUCUGAUUCUGGUUUAAUUGUGACCAAUGCCCACGUGGUGUCAAGCACCAAUGCUAUAUCAGGGAGACAGCAACUGAAAGUGCAGCUGCAGAAUGGAGACACCUAUGAAGCAACCAUCAGAGAUAUUGACAAGAAAUCUGACAUUGCAACAAUAAAGAUUCACCCUAAGAAAAAGCUACCAGUAUUGUUACUGGGACACUCUGCUGAUCUGAGGCCAGGAGAAUUUGUGGUGGCAAUUGGGAGUCCCUUUGCCUUGCAGAACACUGUGACCACAGGGAUUGUCAGCACCGCUCAGCGGGACGGCAAAGAGCUGGGCCUGCGGGACUCGGAUAUGGAUUAUGUCCAGACAGAUGCUAUCAUCAAUUAUGGCAACUCUGGAGGACCUCUCGUUAAUCUGGAUGGUGAAGUGAUUGGGAUUAACACCUUGAAGGUCACGGCUGGAAUUUCUUUUGCUAUCCCUUCCGACCGCAUCACUCAGUUUCUCUCAGAGUCUCUUGACAAACAAAGUAAAGAUGGGAAGAAACGUUUCAUUGGCAUCAGGAUGCUGACCAUAACACCUGCCUUGGUGGAAGAACUGAAACACAGCAAUGCUGAUUUCCCGGAUGUCAGAAGUGGCAUUUAUGUCCAUGAAGUUGUUCCAAACUCACCUUCUCAUCGAGGAGGGAUCCAAGAUGGAGACAUCAUUGUGAAAGUCAACGGGCGGCCUUUGGUGACCUCCAGUGACCUGCAGGAGGCUGUGAUGAACGAGUCACCUCUACUACUUGAAGUUCGAAGAGGAAAUGAUGACUUACUAUUUAAUAUUGAGCCUGAAGUUGUCAUGUAA